AUGCGGCUCUUGUUCAUUUCAUUUGUGUUGCUGUUUUUGCAGCUACAGUGCCACAGAGUUUCCGGUCAAAAAUUUGAAGAAUUGCAGAAAAACAUAUUUUCCACAAUUUGUGAUGAAUUAGUCGACCACGCGGUCGAUGAUCUCACAGUAGCGGACAUUCUAGCUGCCAUUGGAAAACCUACAUCAUCUACCAAGGCUCCAACAACAACAACGAAGAAGCCAACAACAAAGAAGCCAGCAAAGGAGUGUCCGCUAUUGACCUUGGCUGAUAAUCCGGAAAAGGUUGAGAUGUUGGAAAAACUUUUAUUCGUGCUGCUGAAGAUAAAGACAAAGCCCGCAGGCACAACACAAAAACCGACAACAACAAAAAAGCCAACAACAAAGCCAACAACAAAAGCACCUACUCCCAAACCCAAAGAAGAAUCAGAGAAUUUAGCGGCCGUUCUAGCCGUAGUUGGCAAAAGUCUCGUGGAUGCCAUAAACGAUCUGAAGAAUGCAACCUUAUCGGGAAUACAAGAUAUGAAAAACGCGAAUAAUCAACAGAUGCAGCAAUUAAAGGAUAUGGUUUCCGCCACCUUGGAUGAAGUGCGUGAGCAGAGAGAGAAAAAAAACACUCAGGCGAAGUGUAAGCCUGGAUAUGUCGACCAACUUCUGGGCAAUAUGUGCAAUCCGAGAUGUCAUUAUCCAGGCUAUUAUCCUAGUCCUGGAUAUCCUUAUAUGCAAUAUAUAAGACUAACCCCAAACGAUAGUCCCACAGACUUUAAAGAAUUAAAGACUAGCUUGUUUAAGGGUCUAUUAGGUGAAUCCAAACCUUAAAAUCGCUAAGAGGCGUUGCGACCUUCUUCAGACGCACUUCACUUAACUUAAAUUCGAUUCUGCUAAGACUUUUCAAUCAUUUUUCAGAAUCGUAUCCAUUGGUUUAAUUCAAUUCACAUUUAUUUUAUUCCUUAUACGAACGCAGUAACCAACAUGUGAAUAAAUAAAAAAAACUUGCUGCAUA